UCCCUCACGUUGCUGCUUUGUUGUGAUCCGAGCAGAGUCGUGUUUCUGCUGCUCUGCUGCCUCCUUUGAUACUGGACUCAUUUCUUUAUGCGGGAACCUUCAGUGUGAAUCGCGUUUAUGUCGCUACGCGGUUUUUCUGACGCUCGUGUUAAUUUCAGAAACUCAUUUUCAUCCAAAAUUUUAAGUUUGCGCGCGCCAGUUCUGUGCGUCACGUGACCCGCGCAGCUGCGAGCGUGAAUCCAGCAGACUCUGAAGUUCUCGGUGCCUCUUUUAUUGUCUUUACAGAUCUGCAGUUUGAAGCUGGUUGAAACCAACCUCGUGAAGAGGAAGCGCUGAAAGCUCCCUUUCACUACAGAAACUAGUUUCACUUCUAUGAAAGGAGCUCUCACUGUCAUUGAAACAGGAAAGAAUAAUGACUCAGAAAAAAGUUAAGCUGGACCUGGAAGCCUUCUCCUGUUCGAUCUGUUUGGAUCUACUGAAGGAUCCAGUGACUAUUCCCUGUGGACACAGCUACUGCAUGAACUGUAUUAAAACACACUGGGAUGCACAGGGUAGAGGGAAAAUCCACAGCUGCCCUCAGUGCCGGAAGACUUUCACACCAAGGCCUGUCCUGGAGAAAAACGUCUUGUUAGCAGAGUUGGUGGAGCAGCUGAAGAAGACUGGACUCCAAGCUGCUCCAGCUCAUCACUGCUAUGCUGGACCUGAAGAUGUGGCCUGUGAUGUCUGCACUGGGAGGAAACUGAAAGCCACCAAGUCCUGUUUAUCUUGUCUGGCAUCAUAUUGUGAGAAACACCUCCAACCUCACUAUGAUGCAGCUCCAUUAAAGAAACACAGGCUGGUGGCCCCCUCCAAGAAGCUCCAGGAGAACAUCUGCUCUCGUCAUGAUGAAGUGAUGAAGAUUUUCUGCCGUACUGAUCAGCAGAGUAUCUGUUAUCUCUGCUCAAUGGAUGAACAUCAAGGCCAUGAAACAGUCCCAGCUGCAGCAGAAAGGACUGAGAAGCAGAAGGAGCUCGAGGUGAGACGACUAAACAUCCAGCAGAGAAUCCAGGACCGAGAGAAAGAUGUGAAGCUGCUUCAACAGGAGGUGGAGGCCAUCAAUGGCUCCGCUGAUAAAGCAGUGGAGGGCAGUAAGAAGAUAUUCAAUAAGCUGAUCCGUCUGAUCCAGAAAAGAAGCUCUGAUGUGAAGCAGCAGGUCAGAUCCCAGCAGGAAACUGAAGUGAGUCGAGUCAAAGAGCUUCAGGAGAAGCUGGAGCAGGAGAUCGCUGAGCUGAAGAGGAAAGACGCCGAGCUGGAGCAGCUCUCACACACAGAGGAUCACAACCAGUUUCUACACAACUACCCCUCACUGUCAGCACUCAGUGAGUCUACACACUCAUCCAGCAUCAAUAUUGGUCCUCUGAGGUACUUUGAGGAUGUGACAGCAGCUGUGUCAGAGACCAGAGAGAAACUACAGGACAUCCUGAGAGAGGAAUGGACAAACAUCUCACUGACAGUCACUGAAGAGGAUGUUUUACUGUCACCAUCAGAGCCAAAGACCAGAGCUGGAUUCUUAAAAUAUUCAAGUGAAAUUACACUGGAUACAAACACAGCAAACAGAUAUCUGUUAUUAUCUGAGGGGAACAGAAAAGUAACAUUAAUGGAACAACAACAGUUUUAUUCUGAUCAUCCAGACAGAUUCACUGAAUGGUUUCAGGUCCUGAGUAGAGAGAGUCUGACUGGACGUUGUUACUGGGAGGUGGAGUGGAGCGGGGUAGGGGUUGAAGUUGCAGUUGCAUACAAGAAUACAGAACGUCAGUGUAGAUUUGGAAUGAAUGAUAAGUCUUGGUCAUUAUAUUCUGAAUCAUACUAUUAUACAUUUUCACACAACAAAGUCCACACUGUCCUCUCAGGUCCUCAGUCCUCCAGAGUAGGAGUGUACCUGGAUCACAGAGCAGGUAUUCUGUCUUUCUACAGCAUCUCUGAAACCAUGACUCUCCUCCACAGAGUCCAGACCACAUUCACUCAGCCACUCUAUGCUGGAGUUUGGAUUUCAGGUCUUGAUGGCACUGCAGAGUUUAGUAAACUCCAGUGAACCUUUGAAAAUAUCCAGUAUUUAUACUUCAGCUGUCAGAGACAAACUCUUUAUUUUCAUGGUCAGAUGUAACAUCAGCUCACUCAUCUGUGUAAAUGUGUCUACACUGAAUACAAAGAAUGUGUC